AUGCCGCGAACCCGCAAAUCCGCCACUACUCGGCCUAGCCACUCUCUCCAGUCGACCCUCUCAUUCAACAACAAGUCCGCACGAGUGACGAAGUCGGGCUCCAAUGCGCAGAGAGAUGAGCACAGCGCUUCGGCGAAGAAGUUGGCCGAGGUUGCGACGGACGGGUUGAAGACGGAGGACGAGCCCGAGGUCGCGGAAGUGAAGAAUGAAUCAUCAGCAGCUCCAGCAGUACCCGGAGAAGUUGAGGAGGGCAGCGCAGAUAAUUUGAAAGCAGAGGCAGAUGGAGAUGUCGAGUCAGAUGGCGCAGAACAGAUUGAGGAGGAGGUGUCGGUCAAGAUGAGGUCCAGGAAGAAGCAAAAGGCCAAGACUGCAGGAAAGGACGAACGUGAAAUCGCGGCGGAGAAAAUCACGGAUGCGCAGCUGAAGAAGUAUUGGCAGGCGGAGGAGGACAGUCGGCUUGCUCCUAGAGUGCACCAAUCCGACCUUUCCCUCCACGAAAAGAUCCUGCGCCACUUCGACCUCUCGUCCCAGUACGGGCCUUGCAUCGGCAUCCCUCGUCUCCAACGCUGGCGGCGCGCAAACACCCUCGGUCUAGAACCGCCCGUCGAAGUCCUCGCGGUGCUGCUGAGGGAACAAGACCACUCAAAAAGCCAGGGAUGCGGCAAGAUGGCAUACAUUGAUGAGUUGAGUGGGGGGAGGGUUGUUUUGGUGGAAUAG